CCUCACCGCCUCCUCCGCGCCGCCGCCAGCGCCCAGCCCCAGCCCGAGCGCACGGAGCGCGGCCCGGGCCUCGCCAGAGAGCGAGGACAUGGCCACCAAGGAGAAGCUGCAGUGUCUGAAGGACUUCCACAAGGACAUCCUGAAGCCCUCGCCGGGCAAGAGCCCGGGCACACGGCCCGAGGACGAGGCCGAGGGGAAGCCCCCGCAGAGGGAGAAAUGGUCCAGCAAGAUCGACUUCGUGCUCUCCGUGGCUGGCGGCUUCGUGGGCUUGGGCAACGUCUGGCGCUUCCCGUACCUCUGCUACAAAAACGGCGGAGGGGCCUUUCUCAUACCCUACUUCAUCUUCCUGUUCGGGAGCGGCCUGCCGGUGUUUUUCCUGGAGAUCAUCAUCGGCCAGUACACGUCUGAAGGCGGCAUCACCUGCUGGGAGAAAAUCUGCCCCUUGUUCUCCGGCAUCGGCUAUGCCUCCAUCGUGAUCGUGUCUCUCCUGAACAUCUACUACAUCGUCAUCCUGGCCUGGGCCAUGUACUACCUGUUCCAGUCCUUCCAGGAGGACCUGCCCUGGGCGCACUGCAACCACAGCUGGAACACGCCCCACUGCCUGGAGGACACGCUGAGCAAGAACAAGAGCGCGUGGGUCGCCAUCAGCACCAGCAACUCCACCUCCCCCGUCAUCGAGUUCUGGGAGCGCAACGUCCUGAGCCUGUCCCCCGGCAUCGACCACCCGGGCGCGCUGAAGUGGGACCUCGCGCUCUGCCUGCUUCUGGUCUGGGUGAUCUGCUUCUUCUGCAUCUGGAAGGGCGUCAGGUCCACGGGGAAGGUCGUCUACUUCACGGCGACGUUCCCGUUCGCCAUGCUGCUGGUGCUGCUGAUCCGCGGGCUGACGCUGCCUGGCGCGGGCGAAGGCAUCAAGUUCUACCUGUACCCUGACAUCAGCCGCCUGGAGGACCCGCAGGUCUGGAUCGACGCCGGGACCCAGAUCUUCUUCUCCUACGCCAUCUGCCUGGGCGCCAUGACCUCGCUGGGGAGCUACAACAAGUACAAGUACAACUCGUACAGGGUCUGUCUGCUGCUGGGAUGCCUCAACAGCGGGACCAGCUUUGUGUCUGGCUUCGCGAUCUUUUCCGUCCUGGGCUUCAUGGCGCAAGAGCGAGGGGCGGACAUUGCCGACGUGGCCGAGUCAGGGCCCGGCUUGGCCUUCAUCGCCUACCCCAAGGCCGUGACGAUGAUGCCGCUGCCCACGUUUUGGUCCAUUCUGUUCUUCAUUAUGCUCCUCCUGCUGGGACUGGACAGCCAGUUUGUCGAAGUCGAAGGGCAGAUCACGUCCUUGGUGGACCUUUACCCGUCCUUCCUGACGAAGGGUUACCACCGGGAAAUCUUCAUUGCCGUCAUGUGCAGCAUCAGCUACCUGCUGGGGUUGCCGAUGGUGACGGAGGGUGGCAUGUAUGUGUUCCAGCUCUUUGACUACUAUGCAGCUAGCGGUGUUUGCCUUCUGUGGGUUGCAUUCUUUGAAUGUUUUGUUAUUGCUUGGAUAUACGGCGGCGACAACUUGUACGACGGCAUCGAGGACAUGAUCGGCUACCGGCCCGGGCCCUGGAUGAAGUGCAGCUGGGCCGUGGUCACGCCCGUCCUCUGCGUGGGCUGCUUCGUCUUCUCCCUCGUCAAGUACGUGCCCCUGACCUACAACAAGACCUACGUGUACCCCACCUGGGCCAUCGGGCUGGGCUGGGUGCUGGCCCUGUCCUCCAUGCUGUGUAUCCCCUUGGUCAUCGUCAUCCGCCUCUACCAGACGGAGGGGCCGCUCCUCGUGAGACUCAAGUACCUGAUGACGCCGAGGGAGCCCAACCGCUGGGCCGUGGAGCGCGAGGGCGCCACGCCCUUCAGCUCGCGCACGGCGGCCGUGAACGGCGCGCUCGUGAAGCCCACGCACAUCGUGGUCGAGAGCAUGAUGUGAGCGCGGCGGCCGCGUCCCUGCCGUCGACUAACCGUAGAUCUCCUAGGACCAGGUUUACAGAGCUUUACAUUUGCACUAGGACUUCCUCUUUGUUUUGUAACUGUCACAGGAAACGCGUCACCGUGCGUGUGUGCGUGUGCGUGUGUCGUGCGUGCGUGUGUUUCGUCUCGAUUCGGGGAUAUUUUGUACAAAAACAAACAAAAAAAACCACCAAAAACCCUCGGACAGACGUCCGGGGAGAGGCAGAGCUUUCGCGCUGAAUGAGAUGUAUCUUGUGGGAACUUGGUAAACUUUUUCUUGGUAUGUUUUUUAACAUACGACUCUACAUACGUGUGGAGACUGCCGUGUGCUCUCGCCAGCAAUAGAUUUCGUGCUCGAAAGUGACUCUUCGGUGCUCGUGUAGCUGGCGGGGACGUCCCGCCCGCCGAAUGCAGAGAGGGAUCUUGCCCGGACGGCCGAGCGGCCCGAUUAACGGCCCGAAGCCCGGCCUGGGAGGAAGGAACCGCGUGAGAGAGAGGCCCCCGAGCGGGCGGACCUGGAGGGGCAGGAGGAAGGCAUUAGGGCCGCCGCAGACGUGAGGUUCAGCUUGUCCCCCGGCCGGAAGAGAGACCCCAAGUUAGUGAGCCGAGCCCCGCUGCAGACGUCUGAUUCCAGGAGCCGUCGGAAGUGUUGAAGCAGGAGCAGGAUCGAGGGUAGAUGGUCAGUAGGACUGUCAGAACCGCCGGUCUGAGAGGGAGCAGCCGGAGACCCGAGAGGGUGGUGGGGUCGAGGCUCCCUGCUGCUCCGCCUUGGCGAGAGGCGGGCGGGGCAGGGCAGCCACGUCCACGCUAGCGCGAUCCAGGCAGAAGGGACCUGAGGCGGGGCCGGGGGCUCCGGGAGAGGCGGGUCUGGACAGGUGGCAUUUGAACGGGGUCCGGGUGGCUCCGGCCGAGCCCGGGCAACAUCUCCGGGCGUCUCCGAAGCUGCCGGCGGGGAGCGUGGGGUGGCGUCGCGGGCGGAGGGGCGGG